UGGCUGUGUUGAUUGCUUUAAGAUGGGUGGAAAAAUCCAGACAAGACAAGAUACUGAUUUGCUCAGAUUCUUUCUCAGUUCUAGCAAGCUUGAGAUCAUUUCAUUCUAACAGCCGUCAAGGCGUGUUAUCUAUUGUCUGAUCCACACUCCAGAGCAGUAGGUGGCGGUAAUGCACCAAACGCUGGAUGCCAACCACCGUAAAACAAAAAGGAGAAGAAGAAGAGGUGAAAGAGGUUUAUCCUGGUGCCUUGUUAUAGACCCUUUUGUCCCCCGCUAUUCCUGCUGUUUCCGCACCUAGUUUAUCUGAUACCAUCGGAGUGAAUCACCAGUGCCCGUAUGUUUGGAUAAACUUGUCUAAGUGGACUUUUUGUAAGUUUUCAGGACGGUUCACGGCAGACUCCGUUAGCUAAAUAUGCUAACUGAAGCUAGCCUAGCGUGCUAGCUGGAAUUAGACGGAGAUAGAACUCGGUCACACAGCUCUAGUCACAGUGAAUAUUCAAUAGAGACCAAAUUGUAUUUUUGUGGACCCACAAUGUCUAGAUAAACCUGUCUGAAUGGAGUCUGUACGGUCCUUUCUAAUUUAAAACGCCCAGAUCAUCCUUCGGUGUCGUACGAAGCUAAUGAAGUUAGCUUGCUCUCUGGAAGUAGACGGAGGCGGCGGUAUCCAGUAACGCGGCGCACAUCAGAGUGAACAAACCGUCUUUAAAGGAGUGUGUCUGGAGGAAAAGUUGCUGUGAUUUACUAAAAAUGUCUAAAGUUCAAAUGCUGAGAGCUUUUGUCAACCAGCGACUAACUGCGGCUGCUGAAGAGAUCUUUGAGCUGUUUGAAACAACGAUAGCAGAGUACGAGGAGAAACUUGAGUUCAGUUCAAAAGAGAAUCACCGACAACGGAAACUACUGGACGCUGUUUACAACCCUGUCCGGUUACACAGAGCAGAGGUCCAGCAGCCGUUGUUGGUUAAAGAAGAGGUUCCUCCUGAGCAGCAAGAGUGGAGCUCCAGUCUGGACCAGGAUGAACCAGAGCCCCCACACAUUAAAGAAGAACAGGAGGAACUCUGGAGCAGUCGGGAGGGAGAGCAGCUUCAAGGGCUGGAGGAGGCUGAAAUAGAGUUCACAGUCACUCCUGUCCCUGUGAAGAGUGAAGAAGAAGACGAAGAGAAAGCUCAGUCCUCACAGCUUCAUCAAAGACAAACUGAACAGAUGGAAACAGGAGCUGAUGGAGAGGACUGUGGAGGACCAGAUCCAGCCAGGAACUCAGAUCCAGAUAGUCCUUUACAACCAGAUACUGAUGACAAGACUUCACACUCUGAAACUGAGACUGAUGACAGUAGAGACUGGGAGGACACUCAGAAACCUCAGUCAGGUUUAAACUCUCUGCAAAGCAAUGACGCUCAUGUACCUGAGAAACCAUUUAUUUGCUCGGUUUGUGGUGAAAGAUUCACACACCAUCGUAACCUAAGACGACACUCAAGAGUCCACACAGGGGAAAAACCAUUUAGUUGCUCAAUUUGUGGUACAAGAUUUGCACAGAAGGCAGAUCUUAGUCGACACUUGACUAUUCACUCAGGGGAGAAACCAUAUAGUUGUUCAGUUUGUAGCCUAAGAUUCACGGACUAUGGAAAUCGUAGACGACACAUGAGAAUCCACUCAGGGGAGAAACCGUUUAGCUGUUCAGUUUGUGGGAAAACAUUUGCACAUAGGGGAGAUUUGAGAAGACAUUUCAUAGUCCACACAGGGGAGAGACCAUUUAGUUGUUCAAUUUGUGUUAAAAGAUUUGCACACAAGGGAGAUUUGAGACGACACUUGACUGUUCACACAGGGGAGAAACCAUUUAGCUGCUCAGUGUGUGGGAAAAGAUUCAAUCAAAAGGUAACUCUGAGACGACACUUGACUGUCCACACGGGGGAGAAACCAUUUAGUUGCAGUGUUUGCGACAAAAAAUUCACUCGGCCCUGUUAUCUGAGAAACCACAAGUGUGUUGGCGAGAGCAGCAGUCAUAAGUGAAGUUGCAGAGAUGCUUGUUAAGCCUUUUUUGUCAGCAGAAAUUAAGUACUGAGGAGAAGACUUUGUUCAAUACUGAUCAGCCAAAUUUAGUUAGAAUUGAAGCUUAAAGCUAUAGUUGGUAAUCCUGUUCAGAAACACUUUUUGUUACACUGGGUGAAAUGGUCCUUCCAUCCUGAGAGUAGUCAGUACAUAAUGUGUUUAGAAAAAGGAACAAAAAAAAAAUCCAACCUCUGUGGCAGCUGCAGGCCUGUAAAAACUCUGACUAAUCCCUGCCUCUCGUGCGAGUGGAAAGAACCAAUCAGAUGCCUUCGUGUCUUGUUCUUAUAUAUCGUUCUUAGUCUGGGGCCGUUUAGUGGCCGUUUUGGUAAGGAACCGGAGCCAGGGCGAGAGAGACAGGAUCCGGAAUUCGAUGGAUGCGUCUUUCCCUCAAAAUAAAAGCACCAAGCUAAUAAAAAUGCGGUGAAACUUUAUAAUUUACAGAAUUUAAUUUACAAGAAAAGCCCCAAGCCAUUAAGUUAACCUUUUUCUUUUGUUGUAAAUCGAUGAUGUGCCAAAAUUUAAAGUUUUACUUUGGUGAAUUUGGUGAAUUCCGGAUCCGCUCUCUAGACCGGAACCAGAAUCCAAACAAAUUCAGAGUGAAUGGAAACCAGGCUCUUCCCCGUACGUGAAGAGCCUGGUGACGCGAGGCUAUAUCGCUCUGGUCCUGUCCACACCCCCCUCUGUCCCUCCCUCCUCCCUGCAUGCAGUCAUCACGUGUCACCUUUGCCGGAAAUAUUCAGCACACUCCUCAGCAGAAAUACCGAGUUAGCAGAAUAAGUUUGCUGAACAAUGGCAGAGAAAAUGCGGCCAAAAGUACCACUUCCAGCGUUACUUGUAACGGCUCGCCCCCGCUAAACAGGCUAAGAAAAGAAAGUCGGAGGCAGAAAAGGCUGCGACGGAAAAGGCUUUGGAUAAAGCGAGAGGACAAACCAGAGUCAACAUCGGUGCAGCUUUUGAAUGGUGGAGACAACUGAGGGAGCUGAAGGGCCUGAAAAGUGAUGCAGAGGUUGCUGUCUUUCUGUUGGACAGGUAAUUAUUUGUUUUGCUUCGGGGGGAUUAGUUAUUUUCAUGAAAUAUGUUACGUUAGCCAACUUAGCUACUUUUGUAGCUCGUAUCAGCCCAAUGCUAACAUUAGCUUCUCUGUCGGUGUAC